AUGUCCCGCAGCCAGGGCAUCAUGACCGGCAAAGGCGGCUCCUCCGAGCUUCUCCAAGCCGGUAUCACACAACGAGCCUUCACCGCGCUCGCAGCACAAUACCCCGACGACGCCUUCACCGCCGACGUGCAAGCGUACAUCUUAUCCAGCGCCUCGUCCGUAUCCCCAUUCGUCCAAAACGCCACCCACGACGCCCUAUCGUACCCUCUGGACCGCCUCUCCAACGGACACGCCCUCCUAGCCCUAGCAGCCCCGACAACUAACCAGACAGCGGGACCAGGCUCCUUCGGCACCGCCGCCGACGCCCUGCGCCAGAGCAUCGACCAAAACCGCCGUAACCCCGAGGGCGGGCUCUGGUACUUUACCUAUCCCCAAUGGAGCUACCUCGACGGCAUGUACUCGCUCGCGCCUUUCUACGUGGGAUACCACGUGGCGGCCGAGACCGCAAACCCGUGUCCCGAGCGGGAGAACGCGACGCUUGCCGCGGUUGACGACACGUACUUCCAGCUGGACUUGCUCUGGAACCACACCCGUAACGACUCGACGGGACUCCUGGCCCACGGCUACGAUGCUUCGCGCACGGUCGUGUGGGCGAACCCCGACACGGGUGCGAGCCCGCACGUCUGGGGCCGGAGUCUGGGGUGGUACUCGAUGGCGUUGGUGGAUACGCUAGAAGUGCUGCCGGAGUCCGCGCGCGAGUACCGAGAUCUCAUCGUCGAGAAGUUCAACUCGCUUGCCAGUGCGAUUGUGAGUGCGGUCGAUCCAGCGACUGGUGGAUGGUGGCAGCUCCUCGACGAGCCGGGACGCGAAGGCAACUACAUCGAGUCUAGCGGCAGCGCCAUGUUCGCGUACGCGCUACUCAAGGGCACACGACUAGGAUACUUCGCCUCGAACGCCACUCUAUCAUCGACGGCGGUGGCUGCUGCUAUUCGCGGUCACGGGUACCUGACAGGCACGUUUGUGGUUCAGGAGACGAACGGCACGCUCGGAUAUAACGGAACAGUAUCGGUGUGUAGUUUGAACUCGACGGCAACUUACGAGUACUAUAUCGGACAGCCCAUCAACUACAACAGUGUGCUCGGAUCCGCGGCCUACAUUCUUGCAUCCCUUGAAGUCGAGCGUCUAGGAGCUUUAUAA